AUGGAAGUAAACAAAAUAUUUGAGUGUGAGGAGGUGAGCAGACAUGGCUUCACGGUCAUCGUUGACAUGCGAGGCUCUAAGUGGGACAGRAUCAAGCCUCUGCUGAAGAUCCUGCAGGAGUCCUUCCCUUCCUGCAUCCACGUCGCCCUCAUCAUCAAACCAGACAACUUCUGGCAGAAACAGAGGACCAAUUUUGGGAGCUCCAAGUUUGAAUUUGAGACGGUCAUGGUGUCUCUCGAGGGCCUGACCAAGGUGGUGGACCCUUCCCAGCUGACGUCAGACUUCGAGGGCAGCCUGGAGUACGACCACGACGAGUGGAUCGAUGUGCGCGUGGCCUUCGAGGACUUCGCCGGCGAUGCCGCCCGGGCUUUGGCACGGCUGGAGGAGCUGCAGGAGACCCUGGCGCAGCGUGACCUUCCGCGCGACCUGGAGGGAGCACGACGCCUUAUGGAGGAACACGCCUCGCUCAAGAAGAGGGCCACCAAGGCCUCGGUGGAGGAGUUGGACACACAGGGACGCAGGCUGCUUCAGAGGCUGCAGCAGGGCAGUGUCACCCCUGGAGGCUACACUAACCGUGGCGGUGGGGGAACGGAUGCUAACGAUGGGCUCACAGGCCACCCAGAUGCCCACAACCUGGUGCCCAAAGUGAGUGCUCUGCUGGACAAGCUGCAUGGCACACGCCAGCACCUGCAGCAGCUGUGGCACAUGCGCAAGCUGAAACUGGACCAGUGCUUCCAGCUGCGGCUGUUUGAGCAGGAUGCAGAGAAGAUGUUUGACUGGAUCGUGCACAACAAGGGCCUGUUCCUGACCAGCUACACAGAGAUAGGAGGGAAUCACCAGCAUGCCGGGGAGCUGCAGACCCAGCACAACCACUUUGCCAUGAACUGUAUGAAUGUCUAUGUAAAUAUCAACCGCAUCAUGUCUGUGGGGAACCGGCUGUUGGAGUCUGGUCACUACGCGUCGCAGCAGAUCCAGCAGAUCUCAGGUCAGUUGGAGCAGGAGUGGAAGGCCUUCGCUGCUGCCCUGGACGAACGCUCCACCCUACUGGAGAUGUCUGCUGCCUUCCACUUGAAGGUUGACCAGUACAUGGGUAAUGUGGAGCCGUGGUGUAAGGCGUGUGGAGAAGGAGACCUGCCCUCUGAGCUACAGGACUUGGAGGACACCAUCCACCAUCACACAGGACUCUAUGAGCACAUCACCACUGCCUACUCUGAGGUGAGCCAAGACGGGAAGUCCCUAUUGGACAAGCUGCAGCGGCCCCUGACCCCGGGCAGRGCUGAUUCGCUGACGGCCUCGGCCAACUACUCCAAGGCGGUGCACCACGUGCUGGACAUCAUCCACGAGGUGCUGCACCACCAGAGACAACUGGAAAACAUCUGGCAACACCGCAAGGUCCGGCUGCACCAGCGCCUGCAGCUCUGUGUCUUCCAACAGGACGUCCAGCAGGUGCUGGACUGGAUAGAGAACCAUGGUGAAGCCUUCCUCAGUAAGCAUACCGGAGUGGGGAAGUCCCUACACAGAGCUCGGGCCUUGCAGAAGAGACACGAGGACUUUGAGGAGGUGGCCCAGAACACCUAUACUAACGCUGACAAGCUGCUGGAGGCAGCAGAGCAGCUGGCCCAGACAGGAGAAUGUGAUCCAGAGGAGAUUUAUCAGGCAGCCCACCAGCUAGAGGACCGCAUCCAGGACUUUGUACGUCGCGUGGAGCAACGUAAGGUCCUCCUGGACAUGUCUGUGGCCUUCCAUACUCACGUCAAAGAGCUGUGGACGUGGUUGGAGGAGCUGCAGAAGGAGCUGCUGGACGAUGUGUAUGCUGAGUCUGUGGAGGCGGUGCAGGACCUGAUCAAACGCUUCGGCCAGCAGCAACAGACCACCCUGCAGGCCACUGUCAACGUCAUCAAGGAGGGAGAGGACCUCAUCCAGCAGCUCAGGGACUCUGCUAUCUCCAGUAACAAGACUCCCCACAACAGCUCCAUGGCCCACAURCAGAGUGUCCUACAGCAGCUGGACGAGGCCCAGGCUCAGAUGGAAGACCUGUUUCAGGAGAGGAAGAUCAAACUGGAACUCUUCCUGCAGCUACGCAUCUUCGAGAGGGACGCCAUCGACAUCAUCUCAGACCUGGAGUCGUGGAAUGAGGAGCUGUCCCAGCAGAUGGGUGAAUUUGAUACAGAGGACCUGACGUUGGCAGAGCAGAGGCUCCAGCACCAUGCUGACAAGGCCCUCACCAUGAACAACCUGACCUUCGACGUCAUCCAUCAGGGACAGGAGCUGCUGCAGUACGUUACAGAGGUCCAGGCCAGCGGUGUGGAGUUGCUGUGUGACAGGGAUGUGGACAUGGCUACUCGUGUUCAGGACCUGCUGGAGUUCCUCCAUGAGAAGCAGCAGGAGCUGGACGUGGCGGCCGAGCAGCACAGGAGGCAUCUGGAACAGUGUGUCCAGCUACGCCACCUUCAGGCGUCCAGCAUAGAGAACAAGCAGGACUGGAUCAAACACAUCCGGGAGGUGAUCCAGGAGCGUACCAUCCACCUGAGAGGAGCCCUGAAGGAGCCUAUUCACAUCCCCAAGGCCACCACAGUCAAACACAAGGGCAGAAGUCAUGGAGAGGACCUUGACAGCCAGGGUGAUGCCAGCAGUCAGCCAGACACCAUCUCUAUCGCCUCCCGUACCUCUCAGAACACACUGGACAGCGACAAGCUCUCUGGUGGCUGUGAGCUGACCGUGGUCAUCCAUGACUUUGUGGCUAGUAAUGGCAGCAGCUCUGAGCUGACUGUACGGAGGGGUCAGACGGUAGAGGUGCUGGAGAGGCUCCAUGACAAGCCAGACUGGUGCCUGGUGAGGACCACGGACCGCUCCCCUGCCCAGGAGGGCAUAGUACCCUGUGCCAUGCUCUGCAUCGCUCACUCACGCUCCAGUAUGGAGAUGGAAGGACUKUUCAACCACCACCACAAAGGUAGGCCUGGAUGUUGGGACCGGCAAGGCCGACGGCACGUCAAGAAGCUGCCCACAAGCACAAGAAGAACCGCGACGGACGGAGCAAGAACGCAGACUCCGCGGCUCCAGAAAGACUCGGACGACAACGCCGCCACGCCACAGGACGAGACCAUCGAGGAGAGGAUGAGGAACGAGGGGCUGAGCAGUGGGACUCUGUCCAAGUCCUCCUCCUCUGGGAUGCAGAGCUGUGGGGAGGGAGGAGAGGAGGGGGCUGAUGCUGUGCCCCUGCCCCCAAUGGCCAUCCAACAACACAGCCUGCUGCAGGCUGACUCUCAGGACGACAAGGCGGCCUCUCGUCUUUCGGGCCGACCCAGUAGUUCAGAGACACCCAGUGCGGCUGAGCUGGUCAGUGCCAUCGAGGAGCUGGUCAAGAGUAAGAUGUCCCUGGAGGACCGUCCCAGCUCUCUCUCUGUGGAACAUGGGGACAGCAGCAGCCCCUCCCUCAACCCCUCCGACAACUCCCUCCUGUCCUCCUCCUCCCCCAUCGAUGAGAUGGACGAACGCAAGUCGGGUUUCCUCAAGAGACGCCACUAUGUGUUACUGGAGCUGGUGGAGACAGAGAGGGACUAUGUGAGAGACCUGGGUUCAGUGGUGGAGGGCUACAUCAGCAAAAUGAAGGAGGACGGCGUYCCAGACGACAUGAGGGGAAAAGACAAGAUAGUGUUUGGGAAUAUCCACCAGAUKUACGACUGGCAUAGAGACUUCUUCCUGGGAGAGCUAGAGAAGUGCCUGGAGGACCCUGAUAGGCUGGCUGCCCUGUUCGUCAAACAAGAGCGACGGUUACACAUGUACAUCGUGUACUGUCAGAACAAGCCCAAAUCAGAGCACAUCGUGUCUGAGUACAUAGACACUUACUUUGAGGAGCUCAAGCAGCGUCUGGGCCACAGACUCCAGAUCACUGAUCUUCUCAUUAAGCCUGUGCAGCGCAUCAUGAAGUACCAGCUCCUYCUGAAGGAUUUACUUAAGUUCUCCAAAAAGGCUGCAGUAGAUACUACGGAGCUGGAGAAAGCGGUGGAGGUCAUGUGUGUUGUGCCCAAAAGAUGCAACGACAUGAUGAACGUUGGGCGUCUCCAAGGCUUCGACGGCAAGAUUGUGGCCCAAGGCAGACUGCUGCUCCAGGACACCUUCAUGGUAUCAGAUCAGGACGGGGGGCUACUCACAAGGAUGAAGGAGAGGAGGGUCUUCCUCUUCGAACAGAUCGUCAUCUUCAGCGAGCCCCUGGACAAGAAGAAAGGCUACUCCCAGCCGGGAUACCUCUUCAAGAACAGCGUCAAGGUGAGCUGGCUGGGCCUGGAGGAGAGCACAGACGACCCCUGUAAGUUCACCCUGACCUCCCGGUCAUCCAGUGGCGGUGUGGAGACCUACGUGAUGCACUCAGCCAACCCUGGAGUCAGCCAGAUGUGGGUCCACCAGAUCACCCAGAUCCUGGAGAGCCAACGCAACUUUCUCAAUGCACUGACAUCCCCUAUCGAGUACCAGAGGAACCACGUGGGGGCAAGCGGAGCAGGCCUGGGGGCCCCCAGCAGUAGCAGUGGCCUGGCAGGAGGUGGCUGCAGCAGCUCUGUAGUGGGCCCUGGGAGUAACUCUCUGUGUGGCCCCCAGAGUCGCCGGCCCUCGCGCAUCCCCCAGCCCUCCUCCCGUAUCCCGCAGCCAGUCCACCACCACCACCCUCCGGGCUCUGAUGGCCCGGACAGAACAGCAGGUACGUGGUCCAGACAACCCCUCUCCACCUCCCCCUCCUCCCAGACCCCCUGCCCUCCUGACCAUGCAGAGGGGGACCUGGGGCCCCAAGAUGUCCCCAAGAUGCAAGUGCUGGAGGGUCCCCGGCCCCACAGCAGAACCAGCAGCAACAGCAAUGGCAAGUCCUUGGGCGUUGCUGAGGGCAGCUUCAAGGAGAGCUACCCUGGGGAGGACCCUCAGACUCCCAUCCCACGGCUGGCUGUGGCCCCUCUGAAUCUUGCCAAGCCUCGGGUAGGGACGGUCUCUCCACUGACCUGCCCCAUAAAGGAGGAAUUCAUCCCGGGCAGCCCAGCCCAGAAAGGCUCCUUUUUCUGGUCCGCCACGGUCCCAGCCUCCCCAGCUAGCCGGCCUGGCUCCUUCUCCUACCACAGUGAUAGUGGAGACUCGACCCUGGGCCACAGGGAGAGCCACAGCCACCACCACUCCACCCACAGCAAGGAUAUAGACCGCAUGAGCACAUGCUCCUCCACCAGUGAGCAGUCCUUACAGUCCACGCAGAGUAACGGGAGUGAAAGCAGUAGCAGCAGCAGCAUCAGCACCAUGCUGGUGACCCAGGACUACGUGGCCCUGAAGGAGGAUGAGAUCAGUGUUUCCCAGGGCGAGGUGGUCCAGAUGCUGGCCUCUAAUCAGCAGAACAUGUUCCUGGUGUUCCGGGCUGCCACCGAGCAGGGCCCUGCCGCAGAGGGCUGGAUCCCCGGCUACGUACUGGGUCACACCUCCACCAUCAUCCCCGACCUCACCGAAGGAACCAUCAAGAAGUCAUCCUCGUGGCACACAGCACUCCGCAUCAGGAGAAAGUCUGAGAAGAGAGACAAGGAGACCAGGAAGGAAAAUAAGAUGGAAAACGGCUAUCGCAAGUCUCAAGACUGUCUGACUAAUAAAGUUUCUGUAAAGCUUCUAAACCCCAACUACAUCUAUGAUGUACCCCCAGAGUUCCUGCUGCCCCUGAGUGAUGUGACCUGUGACCUGGGGGAGAGUGUCACUCUGAGGAGUAAGGUCUYUGGAAGACCCAAAGCCUCGGUCACCUGGAGAGGACCUGACCACAGCACUCUGAGCAACGACGGACACUACAGCAUCACCUACAGUGACACGGGCGAGGCAACUCUCCUCAUCAUGGAUGUGUCUGUGGAGGAUGACGGGGUGUACACCUGUGUUGCCACCAACGUAGUGGGUAGCAUGUCAUCCUCCGCCAGCCUCAGAGUCUCAGAGGCCUCCGACGAUGGGAGUGAAGUGAUCUGGAAGAACAACUUUGAGUCCUUCUACACAGAGGUCACAGAACUGGGCAGGGGAAGGUUCUCAGUGGCUAAGCGCUGUGACCAGCGUGGGAGCAAGCGUGCCGUGGCAGCCAAACAUGUAAACAAACGGUUGAUGCGGCGUGAGCAGGUGCUCCAGGAACUGAGGAUACUACAGUGUCUGGAACACCCACACCUUGUCGGCCUGCUGGACACCUUCGAAACAGCCACCAGCUACGUGCUAGUGCUGGAGAUGGCUGAUCAAGGCCGUCUCCUGGACUACAUAGUCAGCUGGGGUAACCUUACUGAAGAGAAGGUGGCCUUGUACCUUAGGGACAUUCUAGAAGCUUUACACUACCUGCAUAGCUGGAGGAUAGCUCACUUGGACUUGAAGCCUGAGAACGUGUUAGUGGAGCAAAACUCUGCCCAGCCCGUGGUCAAGCUGACAGACUUCGGAGACGCCGUCCAGCUGAACAGUGGCCACUACAUCCACCCUCUACUGGGCAGCCCAGAGUUCUCAGCCCCGGAGCUGGUGCUGGGCCAGCCCGUCUCCCUGACUUCUGACCUCUGGAGCCUGGGAGUUGUAACAUACGUGGUACUGAGCGGGGCAUCUCCCUUCCUGGACGAGAGCGCUGAGGAGACAUGCCUGAAUAUCUGUCGUCUGGACUUCAGCUUCCCCCAUGACUACUUCCAGGGUGUGAGCCAGGCGGCCAGGGACUUUGUGUGUCUCCUCCUACAGGGCGAGCCGGACCGCAGACCUUCAGCCGCCGCAUGCCUUCAGGAGCCCUGGCUGCAGCCGUGGGACUCCCACCAGCAACAAAACCAGCACCCAGGGUGCAUCGACACCUCCAGACUCAUCUCCUUCAUCGAGCGGCGGAAACACCAGAACGACGUUAGGCCCGUGGGCAGCAUAAAGACCUUCCUUCACAGCAGACUCCUCAACCAGAUAUGAGCAGGUUAGAGAACUACAGUACCCAGAAACCACUGAGUCACAAUGAUGAUCUCAUCCUCUCUCAGCCAACUACGCCACUUCCUUAGAACUAUGUUACCCAGCAUCCUGCUGCUGCUGUCUGCUGACUGCUUUGAAUAUUUUUGACUGAGAUUUCUCCCCCCCAAGAGAUUUAGCUACUUCCCUUCCACCCCCACAUUUGUAUGGAUGAUGGCUAUAUGCCUGCACAAAAGUAUGAACUAUUUGAAAGUAUUUCAAACUUGACUAACAGGGAGAACAAAGCUUUCUCAAGAGCCAGUGAGAGCAAGCCUUGUGUUUGGAUAGUAUUACAAACCGAUACUGUAAUAUCGGGUUGCUUUUGGUUGAAUAUAAUAAAAUUGAUUUUGUAAUGAGAGAUUACUUUUUGUAAAGGAAAUGUAUAGUGAGGAAACAAAGAAAUGUCUUUAUUCAUAUACCUUUUCAAAAACAAAGGUUAUUAAAAAGAAUGAAAACAAAAAUGAAUGUGACAUAUGAACAAAGCACCACCGACCCACCACAUGGUCGUUGCUUCAGAACACUACUUCUAGAUGUGACAUAUGAACAAAGCACCACCGACCCACCACAGGGUCGUUGCUUCAGAACACUACUUCUAGAACCAGUUGGAGACCAAACUCAUUGUAGUUGUYGUUGAUUAACUUACAAUAAAUCAGCAAAUGGUUUGUUCUGGCCUUGCUAUUGUAUGGACCUGUAACAGUUAGUACAAUUAUGCUAUUUUAGUCAGACCUCAGCAGAGAAAUAAAUAAACAAGCAAACAAACAAACAACAAAAAGCUAUAACACUAUUGGAAAAGCUCUUUAGAUUUCUGAUACAUCCGCCUUACUUUGUAAAUAAUGUGUUCCUGCCUUCAUUCUCAUGUUGAAGAAUUUGUCUCAAACGCUGUUUCAUUAGCUGAGUAGUAAGUCCUGCCAAUGGAAGAGAGGUUUGAGGGAGACUAGCUCCUCCUCAUGCCAAUCAAAUUACUUAAACCCUCACUACCAGAAAUACUUCUAUAAAUGCACUCGUAUUUUGUGUUCAUUUCUCAUGUGCAAUGUUGCAGCUUUAACAUGUAUGCAACUAUUUAUGAAGAUGUGUGUUGUACCCGUAUUCUAAAAAGGCAUGUACGUACCUGGUACUGCAGUAGAUGUGUGUAUUGUGUUGCUCUUUUUCGUAUUAAGUUCAGUAUUAAUAUCUUGGAAACCUAAAAUGCAGGUUUUGCAAAUAAUGUAAAAUAAGAAAAAAGAUUUGAAUCGAUAUUGGCACUUAUGCUUUCAGUUUGUCAUUGUUUUGUUUUUGUUUUCUGUAACUAUACCAAAGUUAACUGUACUUUACCCUCUUUAAAUGUCUUAUAUAAUGUACCAUGUUAAGUUAUGAAAACCAUGCUGAACCUAGAGAUAGAUGUUUACAUUGGUUCACAGUGGCUUUAUUUAUUAGCGUUGUAAGAACGUUGUAUAGUGGUUGGUUGUUACUGCAUACCUAAUUAACAUUUCAAACACUUCUCUUCUCAAGCUGUGCACAAAGUGGUGAUUGCUGUGUAAGUUUGUUAGACUUUUUAAGUUAUGUAUUUCGCUAGACAUUGUGUUGCAAUGAUCAACAUCUUGGUUUAACUGAAACUUGGGAUAGCAUUCUUUGCCGAGCCUUUGGUUUGAAGGGGGAAACAACUGCCCACAACAUUGUACCAACGUUACAAUAAUUGUGCAUGGACGUUGCGGCGCUAUUACCCUAACRUUUAUCUAAGAGUAACCAUGACCUAGCUGUUUUCAGUGAAUUAAUCAUUGUAUGAGUUCAAACUGAUUUUAAAGUGCCAGUCAAUUGAUCUGGGGAGGCGGACGAAACAGCUGUAUUUCCUUUUAAGCUUGAAAAGGUUAUCAAAGUUUCAUGUCUAUGUCAAGGCAGUAGUCACAGUGAUACAAUGAAUGUGUUUGUUAACCUGUACAGUCCCAUUUUGUGUCCUCUUAUUUAUUCAUGUGUAAAGCUGUACAGACAUGGACGACGAACAUGGGAACCUGGAUGUAACCUCAUCAUAUUUGAUACAUACUACGUUAUUUUGAAUGUUAAAUGACUUAUUUUUACUUUUGCAUGUAUAUUUCUUUGUACAGAAAUUAUGUUUACACAUUACUUGCUGUAAAUAUUUUAUUUAGUCCUCUGUUAUUUUGCCAUUAAACGUAUGGAACAUA